AGAUUGACCUUUUGUGGAUGCAUGGUUCCAUAAAGAACCUUUAACCCCCAACACCUUUGUAAAGGUACAUCUUUACUUAAAGAGUGCAUAUAAGUACCUCACAGCUACAUAACGGUUCCAAAUGAAUACAUAAAUUGAUUAAAGACCUUAAAGAGCUUUUGAACUUAUUUUACUGAGUGGUAUUAUAUUUUAUAUGUACAGAUAUAAUUAACUGAUUGUAUGUCUAGAUAUUAUUCAUUAAUAUAACAAUGUACAUUAUGAAGUGCACUUGCACCAGCUGAUUAACUCUUUCUCCGCCAUUGACCAGUUUUCUCAUCAAUUAAGAGAAAAUAUUUGCAUGAAAAACUGUGUUCCUGAUGUUUAAUAUCUCUUUAAAAAGGUUUAUGUCUUUUAAAAGUAAUGUAAAUAAACACUUAACAGUCUUUACUGUAUGAAUUAAAUAUACAUGUAUUCGUAUGAAGUAUAACAGUUCCUAAGUCAAGAGCAGAGAGUGAUUUUAUUGAUAGAUGAAUUAGGAUACUGCGGCUUUAAGACGUGAGAGAGAUCACUCUGUUCAAGUGUACCGCUGAUGACAGGCAAGGGGCAAUGAACCUGUCAAUUUUAUUGUUUAUACUGUUGUCUGAGGCCUACGUAUGAUGUUUGCAUGGUUUUUACAAUCAAAAACAUCAAAAGCAAUAAGUAAUACGCUAUUUUGUAACUUGGUUCUGAUGCUGUCUGGAGAAGAGCUUUGUUUGAAGGGGCGGGCAGCAUUGAAGACCUGGACGUAAACGCCCACUGCUAUGAUUGGAUAGCUUCAUUCCCCGCCAUAACAUGUGGGGAAAUGUUUUUAAAAAACAUUAAUUUGUAAAAAUAGCAGCCGAACACAUAUAUAUGUUUGAGCCAUAAAAAGAUUCUGGGUGCUAAAGAUGAUACACAUAAAUGACAAUAGGGUGAAUUCAGGUAGAGUGGGACAUCAGGUUGAGUGGGACACUUAGGGCCCUAUUUUAACGAUCUAAGCGCAUCGUCUAAAGCGCACAGCGCAACGUCUAAAUGGGCGUGUCCGAAUCCACUUUUGCUAAUUUAACGACGGGAAAAAUGGUUUUUGCGCCGAACGCAUGGUCGGAAAAGGUAGGUCCUAUUGUAAUGGGAUUAUUUUGGGCGUAACGUGCAGUAAACCAAUGAGAGACUCAGCUCUCAUCCCCUUUAAAAGCAAGUUGCGCUGGCGUUGUGUCUAAUCCCUAUUUAGAUGACGGACUUUUUAAACUGAAAAACUAAGCGGAGGAAGAAGAUCCCCAGUUUAAGAUUAAUGUUAAAUAAUUGUUUUUUUUUUCACUUGUAUUGAAAUUGUUAUUUUUUUAUUAAAACCUUUAAAACCCGUUUUCUUUUAGUCAUGGAAGUAAAAAGCAGGCUUGUAAUUGCUUUAAAUGUAUGGCUAUCCAAUAUCAUCAAAAAAUAAUUUACAAGUAUGUAAGAUAAGGUUUGUACUCUAAAAAUACUUUAUUUGUAACAAACAAGAGAUAAAGAAUUUACAAACGGCUCUCCUCACGUUUCAGCACUUUGGACAGCGUUUUUUUUAGCAAAGAGUUUUUUUAAGCAUUACUUAAAAAUGUUUCUCAUCUCACCAUAUCCACAGGUACAGAGUCAUCAUAUACAAUAAAUCCGUGAGGUAGCAUUAAAAAAACAUUUAAAAACAGACGCAUUUGUUUAAAGCAAAGCAUUUAUUUACUUACCAGGCUGCAGGUGAAGCAGCUCUUUGCGCCUUCUAACGUCUCAUAAUUAGUCCUCAUUUAUGUCCAAGAGAUUCAAUAAUAAUCUUUUACAUUCAAUCCUUUAAUCUUUCAUAUUUAAAAGCAUUUUUGUGCUGCUGCGCAUUAUGUACCUUGUGAUAAGCAAACCCGCGUUGUCCUCCCGUGUAUAGGCGCAUUUUACUAAUGCACUCUUUAAAUAACAUAAAACACAUUGCGCCAUUGACUUUAGACUUUAGACCAGGUUUUUGUUGGUCAAUGGCGUAGUCUAUUUUAGUUGCCUCAAAAUAGCAACGCGCCAACAAUGCGCAUGAACCCACCUCGUUUUCAGACCAGAACGCCCAUGGGCGCAAAAGGGGGCGCAAAUGCAUUUGUUAUUUAAACAACGCGGCGCUAAACGUGAAAAUUAGGGUGGAAACUAGCGCUAGACACUUGCGUUGCGCAUUGCGCUGCAUUGCGCCGGGUGUAAGAUAGAGCCCUUAAGCUUUCGGGUACUGUAAGGGGUUAAUUUUGUAAGCCAAUCACAACAUUUGUUACUAUGUUGUAGCUGAAUGUCUAUUGAAUAUGAAAUAAAGGUUGUGAUUGGUGUGACAUGGUUAUUAUUUUUCAAAUUGCUUCACUCCUGGGACCUCACUGUAAGUCAUCCGGCAAGGGUUCAUGAAAAGGAAUCCAAACCUGAGCCUCCGCAAGCCAGAAUCACUCUCAGCUGCAAGGGCCUCUGGGAUGAAUCUCACAGUAGUUGAGCAAUGGUUUCAGACGUACACAUCACUCCUCCAUUGCCUACACAUCCAGGACAUGCCAUCUCACCUGUGGAACUGUGAUGAAUCCGGACUGCAGGACCAUUUCAUCUCAAAAAAGGUUGUUGGGGUGACUGGCAAGUCCUGCUUCCAGGUAACCUCAGGGGAGAAAGGAGAAACGACAACAGUCCUAGCUGGUUUCAAUGCGGUUGGGACUUACACCCCCACAAUGGUAAGUUUUAAGGGAAAGAGGCUGAGGGCAGAGUGGCUGGAGAAACGACCAGAAAAUGCAAUUAUCCGCGUGUCAGACAAUGGCUGGAUAAACUCCCAGCUGUUUCUGGAGUGGGCCAGCGGUUUGUCCAGCAGCUGCCUAAGGAGGAUCCAAGACCCCAUGUCCUGCUCUUAGAUGGCCACUACAGCCAUGUCUUCAAUCUCGAAUUCUUGGAGCUCAUGAAGAAAAAUAAUUUCCAUGUAGUGAGCUAUCCUCCCCAUACCACCCACGCCCUCCAGCCAGCAGAUAGAUCGCUGUUUCGAAGUCUGAAACACCACUGGCAGGAACUGCGACGCAAGUGAACAAGGAAGACAGGUGGGAAGAAGCUUCCAAAACAGCUCUUUUUUUAUAUGUUCAGCCCUGCGUGGAAGAAGGCUGCCACUGUUGAGAAUGCCCAAGCAGGUUUCCGAGCCUCAGGGAUGUUUCCUGUUUCCAAUGGAAGUCAUUCCAACUGACCUUUUUUUGCCAAGCCAAACCACUGAAAGGGUGAUUGAGGAAACAUCAGAAACCCUUCUGUUGUCAGAGGAGGACAUUUAUUUUGGGGUGGAAGAAGUGGUGGUAACCAGCCAGCCUGAUGAGAAUGCACAUACCUCUGCCCUCACAACUGGGCCAGCCCCACAUGCCUCCACCCUCACAACUAGGCCAGCCCCCCAUGCCUCCACCCUCAAAACUAGGCCAGCCUCCCAUGCCUCCGACUUCACAACUAGGCCAGCCCCCCAUGCCUCCACCCUCACAACUAGGCCAGCCACCCAUGCCUCCACCCUCACAACUAGGCCAGCCCCACAUGCCUCCACCCUCACAACUAGGCCAGCCCCCCAUGCCUUCACCUUCACAACUGGGCCAGCACCUCAUGCCUCCACCCUCACAACUGGGCCACCCUCUCUACCCAGCACUUCAACAGCUGAGCAGGCUUCCAUUGUAAGGUUCUCAGACCUAAUUGAAGUACCUACAACAUUUUGUCAUUUAGCAGAAGCUUUUUUACAAGAGAGAGGGGAAAGAAGAGGAUGAUGGCGAGGCCACCCAGCUACCACCUAACAAGCCAGGAACACUUAAAAUUUAUCCAGGCGAAAGCAGAAAAAAAGAAAACAAAAACAACCAAAAAGCUGCUGUUCCUCCCCUGCAAACAGUUCAGGGAAGUGACCCCUGUACUGGUUGCAAGGGCGUUUAUGGGGAUGCAACGACCCAAAGGCCAAUGAUGAAAUGGGUGGCUUGCUGCCACUGCCAACGGUGGUAUCAUGAGUCCUGUGGAGAGCUCAACGGACUUAUGGAUGACGAUGACUUCAUCUGUCUUGAAUGUGUUCACUGAAGUUGUUAAAAGGUUCUAAAAAGAUGUUCCAAAUGUUCCAAAAGGAAAAGGAAAGUUCCAUUUAUUGAAUGUAGAGUGAAGUUUACAAUGUUACAAUUUUUGCAUUAGUUCCAGAAAUGCAUUUUUUAAAAAUCCUUCCAAGUAUUCAUUAGUUGAAGGUCUCCGUUGUUGUAUUUUGUGGUUCAUAAUGCGCCACACAUUUUUAAUGCAUGUAUUAUGGUUUUAUUUACAUUUUACACAAUGUCCAAACUUCAUUGGAAUUGUAUUUCUCAUGUGUUCAUUUUAACCAUAAAAUAGUGUCCCACUUUUCCUAACAAAGUGUCCCACUCAACCUGAUUGCUUCCAGUUUGCUGAAGAGGGUGUCAGAUGAUGUUUAAAGAUGAACUGUUUGUUAAUAAAUUCAUAAAUUGAAAAAAAUUAAGCAUAGUGGCCUUUAUUACAAUCUAUUUAAACAAAACACAUACAAUUUUAAUACAUUCUAACUGAUUUAGGUU